GUAACUAAGUUAUAAAGAUUACAACAUGUGAGUCCUCAGAGCAGCUAUAAAAGACCCUUCGCUCUGUUACUGGUCACUGUACCGAAUACUUGAAGAACAGCGUGGGAGUAAGGAAAAUCUUCGAACAAGAGAAGACUAUGGAGGUCACAACCCAGCCUGGACCGUACACACGCUCAGAGUUCCAGACCGGACUGUUCGAGUGCUGUGAUGACUGCUGCACAUGCAUGUAUGGAUACUUCUGUUUGCCUUGCCUGGGCUGCACUAUUGCCAGUCAUAUGGGUGAAUGCUGCUUAUGUGGGUUAGGCAUGCCGAUACGCAGCGUGUACCGAACCAAGUACAACAUUAAGGGCUCCAUGUGUAAAGACUUCAUGGUCACUUCCUGCUGUCUACCCUGCGCAACUUGCCAGCUGAAGAGAGACAUUGACAGGAGAAAACAACAGGGAAUCUUCUGAAGUGCACUACUACUAAGUGCACUGGGACCUUUGGGAUGACACUGAAUACCAAAUCACUCAUCAGUUAUGUAGUUUAAGAAGUGGUUAAUGGAAUUGUACUGUGUAAAUGUGUAGAAAAAUCAUAAUUCCUUGUCAAAGUGAGACAUUAGUACAUAAUAAAAUAGUUUGUGUCCACAGUG